GCGUGAGCAUGAGUGGCCUCGCCGCGCAUAGUGCUAUGGCUCCUCCGGCAACGCAGAGAGGCAGUGCGCGAGCUGCGCGAAAGGACUCCACGGGGACAAGUCAGCUGCCCGCGCCGUGCAGUGGCUCACCGUCAAGGCAGUCGCUGGCGGCUGAAGUUGCUGCUGCCGCCCGCUGACUGGCGCUCUGGCUCGGUGCUUUUCUGCCGUGUGCUCAGCGCCCGUCAGCCUCACGGAGUGAACAUUUUCACCACCCGACACAGGCUGCCCUAGCCUCAAGGGCCCCAUAUGCGUCCCCACUUGCCGUGCACCUCGCUCACACGCAACCCAUGGCAUACGCUCUCGCUCCGUCUGCCGCUGCCCUUCCCUUGACCACGCCCACCCCCGCAGCCCUCUCCACCCCGUCCCAGGCGCAGUCCACGGCCCUCACCGCCCCGCCUGGCAGCGGCUCCUCCACCAACACCUUCCUCAUGUCUGCGAGCCCGGUGCGCGGUCGCAAGAGCAUGGGCGAUGGCUACAAGCCCAAGAUGAUCUCCACAAUCGGCGCCAAGCCCGCCUGUCUCGUCAAUGCCUCGGUCACAUACGUCGGCGACGACCAAAUCUACGCGUUUGGCGGCUUCGACCAGUUCACAGACGAAGUCUAUAACCACGUCUUGCGCCUGAACCUGGUCACGCGACAGUGGAACCUCGUCGACAACUAUGGCGACAUCCCGGGCGUGCGCAUGGGCCACACGGCGUGUCUCUGGCAGGGCAGCAAGCUGCUCGUCUUUGGUGGAGAGAACGAGCAUCGCCAACAUCUCGCGGACGUAAUAGUAUUCGACCUCAAGACGGCAAACUGGACCCAGCCUGAGCUGCACGGCGUGAUUCCGCGCGGACGCGCUCGACACUCGGCCGUGAUCCACGACGACAAGCUCUACAUCAGCGGUGGACAGACCGGCCACGACAGCGUGCUGGACGACAUCUGCUACCUCGACCUCAAGACCUGGACCUGGUCGCGCUCAUGGCGCUUUGUUCCGCGCUACGACCACGCCAGCUGGAUCUCGAAUGGCCGCAUCUGGAUCUUCGGUGGAAUUAACGAUGACUUGGAGAAGAACAACGAGAUCUGGUGGCUCGAUCUGCGCGGCAGCCCGGAGUUUGACAACGCCAUGAAGUACGGCACGGGCGACCGCCAACUGACUUCGUCGCGACAACGGUCCCAGGCGCCUGCCUCUGGACACCUUGCUGCGACCGGUAGUACCGGCUACACGGCCAACUCCAGCGUACAGUCGUACCACACCAUGAGCUCUAGCAGAUCGCCCUACGUCGCGCCAGGCUCCAUCUCCUCCCUCAAGUUCCAUUCAAGUCCGAAUCUUCCGUCCCAAGCGUCUGGCACGCAUUUCCACGUCUUCUCGUCUGGCUGUCUCCUUGACUUUGUAACGCCAGCGGAACUCAACUGCGAAACCAGCCUGUCCAGUCUGGAGCUGGACACUCUUCGAUGGCAAAAGAUUGCAGACGGCAAGGAGCUCUACAGCCCCAACUACCGCUGGCAUUACUGCACAACCAACCCUGAAGGAACGCACGCAUGGCUGCUGGGUAGCCCUGUUGAGACGACAGCGGACGGCACACACAACAGCGAGUACCUCAGCGAUGUGCUUGCGAUUGAUCUGCGCAAGUUUGGCAUCUUGGGUAACGAGCUUGCUUCUGACGCGCGGUCGAAGACGAUGCCAUCAUCAGACGCCAAUGUCUCGUCGCAUCUUACCGGUAUAGGUGCUGAUCUGUCCACGACCUUUGACCAGCCACCUGAGACCAUGAGUGGCGCAGACUUCGUCAUCACCGCAGAUGCAGAUGACGGCAAUGACGUUGGCACAGAGCCUUGGACGGAUGGAACUUCUGUCUCGAAACCAAUCCACGUGCACAAGUUCAUCCUACAUGCACGAUGGCCGCACUUUGCUAGGCUGUGGGCCGCUCAGAUGUCCGAGUUCCAUUCCAAGAAGAUGCACAUCCCAGAGCCAUAUCCAGCGGUCCGCGCCUUCCUGUUCUACCUCUACACCGACAGCAUCGCACAGAACCCGUCGAACGGCCCCACGCUCCCCGAUGUAGCUGGUAUGCUCGUUAUGGCCAACAUCUACGACAUGCCUCGUCUCCGCCUCUUGUGUGUCAAUCGUCUGGCCCGCGAGCUUGACAUUGAACACGCUGCGACCAUCUGGGAACGCGCUGCUACUGCAGGUGAAGAGUGGCUUAAGCAGCGAGCCGCGGCUUUCUGUAUGCAGAACUUUGGGCGGAUCGUCCGCACGGCUGGCUUCAAGAACCUACCCGCAGACAGUCUAAUCGAGCUCUGCAACGAAGCCACGCCCGAAUCGCGUAUUGUUGGUGCCGAAGAGCUGGAGCUGCUUGGCCAGAGUCGCUUCGGCAAUGCGAGCAAUCGCAAGAGGAGCCUAGGCAGCGCCGGCGUGCUGACUGCAGGCGAAGAGGAGGGCGAUGAGGACGUGGAAGACGAUGGCAUGGACGUCAACUAGGGGACAGUCAGUGUAUUCAUGGCGGCUUGGAUGCACCACUAAUCUGGCAGGUGCACGGUAGAGGACGGCACUCUGAUAUCAUCACAGCAUUUCGGCGCGGCGCUUGGUUGUCUACUGGGAAGGAACGUGUCAAUUAGCGUGACGACGCAUUUCAUAGGAGUUUGGAUACCGCGCUGUCAGUCUACAGCAUCUCACAUAGUCCAAGGCGAGCUUCAUACUCGUUCUAAACAUCGCAGUCUCACUCUUCUGGUCCCGUGCCCGCCCCUUAUUACGCCCCACGCUCCCCUCAGAGUGCCUCGUUUGCCUACCGCGAAUACACUCACACACCCCGCCACAAACGAUACAGCUCCUACUCGAAAAUACAACGCCGACCAUGAGGAAACCGUCCUCGUUGGCUUUGUGGCACUC